AUGGGAGAUUUAUAUGUAGUAGAGAAUGGGGCCAAACCUGUUGACCUGGCUCAGACGGAGGACACCAGUUCAACGGCAGAGAUUCUGGGAGUCGAGAAUGGGUAUCCUGGUGGUAGGAGAAAGAGUGACAGCAAAAUGUGCAACAACAAAGUGGAUGUGGAUAAAGUUGGUAUGGAUGACGAGAAAGAUGACGGCAGUGGGCCCUGUGGAUGGGGAAAGUUGCAGUUUGAGUGUUGCAAACGGUUCCUUAACGCCAGGUGGUUUUUGGUGGUGUUAACUAUUUGCGGGGCAUGCCAGGGCAUGGCCGUCAACGGGUUUGUCAACACUGUCAUCUCCACGGUAGAGCGGCGCUUUGAGAUCAGCAGCACUGAGUCGGGCCUCAUCGCCAGCUGCUACGACAUCAUGUUCGUCAUACUGGUCAUCCCCAUCUCCUACUUCGGGGGCCAGGGCCACAAGCCUAAAUACUUGGGUAAGUCGUUUUACUUGUCUACGAGGGUAGGUCGAAUCGGUAUCUUCGUACUCGGCAUCGGCUCCUUUGUGUUCGCCCUCCCCCACUUCAUCACCGACAGCUACCACGUGGAGAAUGCCGACGAGACCGUGUGCAAGCUCCAGUCCAACGACACCGCCUCCUGCAGCUCCGGCGGCUCCACCAGCUUGUCCAACUAUAAGUACUUCUUCUAUCUGGGUCAGCUGUUGCACGGAGCGGGCGCCACCCCGCUGUACACUUUGGGUGUCACAUACUUGGAUGAAAACGUUCCACAGAGGUCUUCCGCCUUUUACAAUGGUAUCUUCUACACCGGAGCCAUUAUAGGACCAGCUGCUGGUUACAUGGUGGGGGCCAAGUUUCUGGAUAUAUACACCGAUGUGACGGUAGAUCCCGCUAGUCUUGGCCUAGAUCCCAGUAAUCCUAAAUGGAUUGGUGCCUGGUGGAUUGGCUUCCUCAUCAGUGGGAUGAUGGGUGUGCUGCUCGCUCUGCCCAUGCUGGCCUAUCCGGCAGCUCUACCAGGUUCCAAGAAGUAUGCUCUAGAACGAGGCCAGGAGACCCAAGCGUCCAGUCAAGUUGAUCAGACAGGACAGCACCGGGGACUCAAGGACAUUUUACUGUCCCUGAAAUAUUUGAUGACAAACAUUCCAUUCAUGUUUAUUAAUAUUGCUGCAGCUGCCGAGGGUAUUCUGGUGGCAGGAUUCUCAACAUUCAUGCCAAAGUUUAUAGAGUACGAGUUUGGGCUGUCAGCAGGGACUGCAGCUUUGUAUGUUGGUCUAGCUGUGGUCCCCGCAGGUGGAGGGGCCACAUUUGGAGGCGGGUUCAUUGUCAAGUGCUUCAACCUGAAAGUACGUGGCAUCCUACGGCUGUGCACUGUCAUGUCAUUUGUGGUGUGUGUCUUGAGCGUGGCACUGCUCAUGGAGUGUGAUACUACGCCCUUUGCUGGUGUCACACUGUCUUAUGGACAAACAGAUGUUGGUGCCGCCACAUUCCUGGGAAAGAACUUGGAGAACACCUGCAACCAGAACUGUUCAUGUGUAGAGGAGGACUACUUCCCUGUGUGUGGCAGGGACAAAGUGAUGUACUUUUCCCCGUGCUACGCUGGCUGUACCGAUGUCAUACACGAAGGCAGUGUUAAGAGGUAUGCCAACUGCAGCUGUGUCAACUAUAACCUGACUGCCUCCGACUACACAGAGGGCAGCACUUACAUGGCGGAGUUUGGCAAGUGUGAAUUCAACUGCAAAUGGCUGACCCUGUUUAUGUUGUGCUUUGGGUUCAUGAUCGUGUUUGUAUUCAUCACUUCCAUGCCGUCACUGACUGCUACAUUGCGGUGUGUACCAGAUCAUCAAAGAUCAUUUGGCCUUGGGAUACAGUGGAUAGUAGCUCGAUGCCUAGGUUCAAUUCCUGGGCCCAUACUCUUUGGCAAAAUGUUUGAUUUUGCCUGUUUGUUGUGGCAGAAGCGCUGCAGCGGAGACGGCUCCUGCUUCUUCUAUGACACGCAUAAGCUGAGUUUGUACCUCCUGGCACUAGCUUUAGCGUUUGCUAUAGCCACCACCUUAUCAUUCCUGUUAGCGUUGAUUUUUUACAAG